GUUGUCUUAAUAUUUGGGACCGCCAACGUGUUAAGGCGCGUACUUACUUUGCUAAUCAUCCAUACGCCGUCGUUUUGGGUUCGUCGGUUCAAUUAAUCCUUCGAAGAUUCUCAGCCUACUCUCUCUUUAUUUUUUGUUUCUCGUAACUUCUCUUAUCGUUUCUCUUUCUUCUCAUUUCGCCCUUCUUCACAAAUUCGUGGAAUCGUCCUCACUCUCAUGUUUCUAUGGCCUCAAGUUCAGAUUUUGCGUCAUCAGUUCCUUCUGAACUUGAGUCAAUUUUGAGAUUGAGGACUGUUGAUUACUUUAUUACGAGGAGGCCAUGGCUUGAUCUUUACGGAGUUAAUGUGAGACCUGUGGCGCCAUUUGGAAGUGCAAGUAGAAAGCCUUAUGUGGAAUCUGCACUCAUUCAUCAAUGCUUACCAGAUGAGCUGCUUUUUGAGGUCUUUGCUCGAAUGACUCCAUAUGACUUGGGAAAGGCAUCUUGUGUGUGUCGAAAAUGGAGGUAUACAAUUCGUAACCCUGUAUUUUGGCGCGUUGCAUGCUUGAAGGCUUGGCAGCUCUCUGGAGUGGUAGAAAACUAUAGGAUUCUUCAAUCAAAAUAUGAUGGCUCAUGGCGUAAAAUGUGGCUCUCACGACCAAGGUUGCGAACUGAUGGUAUUUAUGUGAGUAGAAAUACCUACAUUCGAGCCGGAGUUGCAGAGUGGAAAAUUACUAAUCCAGUUCAUCUGGUCUGCUAUUUCCGGUACAUGAGAUUUUUCCCUUCUGGGCGAUUUCUUUAUAAGAAUUCUUCUCAAAAGAUCAAGGAUGUGGUGAAGUUCAUGAACUUUCGAUCAUCUAAAGUAGACUCUGUUUUUGGUGGCCACUACACAUUAUCAGAUGACAAGGUUGAAGCUGCUGUCUUGUAUCCAGGCAUGCGACCUACUGUCUUGAGAAUUCGCUUGAGAGUUAGAGGAACAACUCCAGGGGCCAACAAUCGGAUGGAUUUGAUUUCACUUGUCACGAGUGGUGUGAACAAUAGCGAGGCAAGUGCACCCGAGGAGGACAUUCUUGGUGUAGUUGAAGGAUGGCGGGAUGAUGAAACACACAACCCAGAUGUGCCUGCAGUCUCACAUAAGAGGGGCAUGACUCCUUUUGUCUUUGUUCCAUUUGACCAGGUGGAGACAUCAGUGUUCAAUCUUCCUGUGGAAAAAAUGGAUUAUUAUGUACCUGGUUGAAUGGUGCUGCUGCAUAACAGGCUUGGUUCAUUUGUAAAUAUUCCUUAAGUUCCAAUGCUAAGGUUAUGGGAAUUUAUAUGUACAUAUGUAUUGAUGACAAUGGUCAGGGUCUGAGGGAUUGAUUCUUGAUCUGCGCUGUGGAAUGAUACUUUUGUUCUGCUUUAUGCACUUAUAUGGGAUGUUAUUACCCUUAAAAUACCGGUUUGUACAGAACACGAAGAAUAAUUGUAAUGCACCACGAAACAUGGAUUCCGUUGUA